UGCCUCAAUUCAGCCCGCACUACUUCAUCGGGCUCAGUAGUCGUUUCAUGCAGUCCUCCGCCGCCCACGGUCAUGCCAGCCCCUCGCGCCCCGUUCCCUCGCCCACUCGCGGAGGCCAGUUGCGUUAGGCCAGUGACUGCUGAACUCUGCCGUGCGAGUAUGAAUCAGGCUGUCCCCGGGGUGAGCCUGAGCCCAGGCCACGAGGGAGGCGGCUACGGGGAGUGCCAGGUGCCCUCCCCCUCCCAGUGGUCCGACCCCUGCUACUCUCCCCCCUCCUUCCACUCCCCCCAGCACCUGCCCGGGGAGCUCGACAAGGUGAAGGAGGAGCCCUUCUCCCCCCCGCCCUCCAACACCUACGUGUCCCUACCUCCUUCUCCCCCGACCCCCCACCCGCUGUCCCUCUCCCCUCAAGCCCAGCAUCACGUGUCCAUGACGCCCCCGGGCCCCAUGCACGUGUCCAGCUCGGGCCCCUCGCCCCACCACGUGUCCCCCUACGCCCGCCCGCCGCCCAGCGCCAAGAAGGACGGCUUCGAGGCCUCCAUCAACAUCACGGAGCUGCUGGCCGAGAACCAGGCGCUGAGCUCCAGCCUCAGCCCGACCUUCGUACGGCACCUACCCCGACCACCCCCUUCUGCGCGGCCGUCUGGAGGACAACGUCCAUAAGAAGGGCGGCUACACGUGCCCCUCCAACGACAACCUGAGCUUCCUCGACACGCUCGUCGACGUCAAGCAGGAGGUCGAGGAGGAGGUGAGCAUCGGGUCGUC